AUGGCUGUGCCCGAUCUUGAAGAUCAUUUGGCAGAGAAUGGCGUUGAUCCUGCCUUAUCGUCUCAUUUGAUUUCAGGUGGCUGGAACUCACAAAACUUUGCAGCAGUAGUGGAUUCCAAAGCAGGAUUUACAGAUGAUAUCUGGGCUGAACUCUCAGAUCAACCGAUUCCCCUGGUUCAGCGUGCAAACUUGAAAGUGGCUUGGCAGCGUCUUCAACCGGAGACUGUGUCUACGGUGCGUGAAUCAACAGAUGGAGCGGCAGCACCAUCAGCGAGUGUCUCGCAAGAGGGUUCUUGGGCGGAGUCGUUUGCUCCCAAGAUUCAGUCCUCAACAGUUUCAAAAUUCAAGAAGCAAUUUUUGGAAGAUUACCCUAGUGAAGUUCUUACGAUGGAGACCAUGCCAUCGACAAGGUUAUUAUCGCUUGCACAUCAUCAGCAUUCCAAACAGGAAUACCGGUGGAUUCCCUGGAAGUUCAGAAUGACACAAUCCAGAAUGGAAGAUAUGGUCAUUUAUCAACGCCCAAAGAUCCCAAAAAUUGAAGGUCUUCAACUCCAUCAAUUAAUUUGGGACGAGCCUCCAUCUUUGGACAUCAACAAUCAAGGUAUGGGCGUGAACGCCAUCAGAAACAUGCUGGAGGUGCACAACACUGCGUUAGCUCUGGUAGGGGCUUGUCAUUUGCAACGACUUCGGGCCUACACAUUGAAAUUUAUGGGGUUCCUGACACAACGCCUGGACUCCGAUUCUGGACUCAGGCCACCGAACGUCCUGGAAUCGCAAGCAGCUGACAAAGCCCUAUGGCAGAUGAUUCAUGACUUGGUGAUCGACCAGAAAUUUACGUUGGAUAAUGCUUUGCAUGAGGUGACCCACCUGCGAUCAGAUAUGGCUUCUCUACUCCAACCUCGGCCGAAGAUAUCAGUUCGUCCAACUUCCACAUCCAGCUCUGCGGCGGCCCCAGUUUCUGCCAAAGGUCGUGGGAAAUCCAAAGGGAAGUCAAAACAGGGCGGAAAAAAGGGCGACACCACUUCUCGUCCUACUUGGGUCACCGAAGCCACUGUUCAAGGAAAACGACAUCAGCUUUGCAUGCAAUACCAAUCCGGGAAGUGUCAAAAGGGUGACACUUGCAAGUUCAGAGCGGGCUACCCACUGACAUCAGCCAUGCUCAAUCGUGGAUGCAAAUGUUUCCCGGUGGAUAAGCUGAUCGAUGCCAAAAUGGAUCUUUUGGAUAAUACUUUCUUUGAACCUUUACUACGAGCACGGAAUCCAGACGGAUCUUACAAAAGUCGAGCAACGGCUGAAUAUCCAUCUGAGAUGUGUUCUGCCAUAGCGGACAUCAUAUCACCACUCUGCUCUCCGGAAUUUGGUGACAAACUUGCCAUUGGGAAAUUAGGCAUCCCGAUUGGAAGCACCUUGCUGGCGGUUCGACAUCAAGCUGUGAUGCGAAGCUCACACCAGCUGUGUGGGAACUACUCUUUGGAGAUGCCGUAUGUGGUCUGGGGCGGCAUGGCCAUCAAUGGCAGCCUUUGGUCCUGCUGGCUACUUGAAGUGCCUGGUGUGGCGAAGUUCACACCGGCUUGCUGGGUUUGCUCCGCAAUCUGGCAGCUUGGCCCCGCCUGA